AUGACCAUGAACGGCCGUCAGGUAGUUUCUUGGGGUAUCAAGUCGCAUGCCACCCAGAGCCAGAUCGUUAGUCAUGCUCUGUACGAGCCUGAUACCAAGUGGCAUUAUCGAGAGUGUGGCGUCACUUAUAAGCGUGAAGGCAUUGAGAAACGUUUCUUUCACUUCACGCCGCGCUCCGAAACCUCCGCUGCCAUGGAUGGCGGCCUUAUCGACCUGCAGAUUUUCCGAUCCUACGGACGAAGGAAGAGGGCGCCUCAACUUGAUGACUUUCGCAGUCAAGAUCAAUAUGGUAUCACAUCACCAACCGGCGGCCUCGUGGAGUCGCCUCAAGAUCUCACAUUUUACGACUGGGUCCUCGUCGACCCUGUUGACUCUCCGUUCGCCACAUUCCGCUUCUUCUACCGCACUUGGGAAAACCUGAAGGCAUUGAAUUUGGUCUCUGAGGCGCAUUAUGAGGAACUUAUGGCUUCAAAUACACAAAGUGGACAGCUGCCUAACAGACCAAAGACCCCAAAUCACAAUGAGACUGAAAGCUAUCCUCGAACCCAUCUGAGACCAUUUGGCCUCGAAUCUCUUGACGGCCUGGUCUUUGAGGACAGUAACACAAAUCGGGACAAGACGAGGGACAGGCAGAGCUCGACUGUCGAGAGAGACUUCUACCUUGAAAUACCACCCAAGCUCGCUCCUCCGGCGCUGCCCUCGACCAGGAUGCCUCAACCCAGCAAGCUAGCGCGAGAGAUUCGGAAGAUUUCGGACCCUCUUCGACCUCUGCCAAUGCUUCCUGAUUUUGAGCCAUCCAUCCGCAGGCAGUCAUUAGAAUCAACGAGGGCACCUUCAGUCACGCCAUCGCUCUUACCGUACAUUGACGAGUCGAGUGGUGGCGACGAGUUUGAGCUCGGGGUCGCCAGACAGAGCUCCCUGAGACGGAUUCUCGACGUCCUCUCCCAUCUCCUCCCCGAGCACUUCCAGCGUCUUCAUCCGACUACGACAUGA